CCAAAAUUACAUUAUUCACCCGCAUCUUUAUAACCGCCACGGAAAACGUCAAAAAAACUGACUCGUUCAGAUUCACUCUCUUCAUCUUCCUCUUCGAGAAACUGUUAGAUCUUUCCUUAAACCGAUCACUCACUUACUCAUUUCUAUCUCCACCUCGAAGCCUCCGUCGUUGCUUACCUUCCUCUCUUAAAAAUGAUCUCUUAUACUUCUUCUCUGUUUCACUUCCACUACCUCCUACUGCAUCUCUCUCUUGUCAUCACCUUCACUGCUGGACAGUUCAAUGGACAGGCGUCAGAGACGGAUCUAUGGUGUGUGGCGAAGAACAACGCAGAAGAUUCGGCUCUUCAAGCAGCCAUUGACUGGGCUUGUGGUCCAGGAGGCACCGACUGCUCCGGGAUCCAGCAAGGCGGACCUUGCUAUGAUCCGUCUGAUAUCUUGAAGAUGGCGUCGUAUGUUUUCAAUAACUAUUAUCUGAAGAAUGGUCCCGAAGAUGAAGCUUGUAACUUUAGUAACAAUGCGGCUGUUACUUCCCUUAACCCCAGUCAAGGAACAUGUAAAUUCCCUUCAAGUAAGCAAGUGAGCAAUGGCAAUAUAGUGGCUGCAACCACAUCAACGCAGGGAACAAGUGCACAAGAAUCCUCAGAUAUUAGCGGAGCAAGACGGAUCUUUAGCAGUAUCUUGUCGUUACCCUUCAUCAUUCUAGGCUUUAUUAUGAUCAUCAAUCAUCAUAUUUAGCAACCGCAUGGUUAUUGAAAGCUAACCCUUUUUUGUAUCAAGAUGUAUCGCAUUUAAAUAUUGUUUCAUUACACAAAAAUAUCCACACACAAAGAAAAAACAGAGUUUCAAAGUAUAGUAUAUAAAACUAAAGAUUAUCGACGUAUUGUAUGAUUUAUAUGCAGUAUAUGUGUAUUUCUAUCUCGAUUCAUUGUUGUCGGAGACACGAUCUUGGUCAACACAAGAAUGGUUGAUCCUGUUCGAAGAUCUUUCCCUUGUCAAGAUUUUUCUAAAAGAAUCUAACCUCGAAACCGACGACACAACUGUUUUGUCAUCCGACGAAGAAGAUGCAGCAGCUUCUGCUGUCAAGUUUAUCCUGACGUCGUCGAACAACGGCGGUGCAGUGGGUGGUGAGGAGGCACCGUCACCACCCACUGGUCCCUCUCUUGGCUCAGGCUCAAGUCUCGGCCUCGGCUGAACUUCAGUCCUACAAACAGGACACGUGGAGCAAGUGGUGAGCCACUUGUCAACACAGUCAACAUGGAAGACGUGUUUGCAGCUCGGCAACUCUCUAGCCGUGUCUAGCUCCUCCAACACGCUUAGACACACGGCACAUUCAGUAGCUGCCGUCUCUUCACCGACGGCUCCAACGGUGAAAGUAGGGAGAGAAGCGAUGAGUGUUGGGUUUAGGCCACGUUUUGGGGUCUGAAAAGGGUGGCGUACAACGACGGGGAGGCCACGGAAAGUGUCUCUACGGCGGCGGAGAACGAAUCUUGCGUAGAGAUGGAGGAUGAAGACGAAGAGGAUAACUGCUGAUAAAGAGACGACCGCUGCGAGCAUGAUCUUGCUGUUGCGGUCAUAAGUAGAAGGAUUAGGCCAGAAGGAGUGGUGUUCAUGAUGGUUGAACCAGUAAUGAUCUCUAUCGUCGGAGCUCAUUGUGGAAUGUGGAAGGAAAGUGAACAGAAAUGACUACUAACUUCUAAUGUAUUAGAUAUAUAAGUAAUAUAGGAUUUUGAAAAUGUUAUUGUUUUGAUAUUUUUUUUUCAAAG